AUGAUUGAUGCUGCGUACAUGGACGAAGAAUCCGGAGAUAGAUGGCACACAUCUGACUUCUCAAAAGCAUUGCGCUUCUACCAGAGUGCUUUCGAAUGGUAUAGCAAAGCAAUAGAGCAUUCCAAUGAAGUAUCUCAGAUGGAGCGCAUUGAGUGUCACUACAAUGCACUGCGUCUUUUGCUUCUGGUAUACAAUCAGUACACUGGUUCAGAUUGUCUUGAUUUGAGUCAAUUGGCUAGUGUUCCUGAAGUUUUGCAAGCAGGGUCGAACUGUGUCCUCCAGGAAAUUGACGCAAUUGUAGCUGCACACGAGAAUGCAAUUUCAAUUUCCGGGAACGAUGCUUCCAAUGACUUGCUCUAUAAUUCUGCUAUGGUCUACCUAGACGUUAUCGAGAAUCUGGAGAAUGAUCCACAAGCCACUGCAUUGGCAGCAAGUAAAGCGUCAACACUAUUCAAACAGGUCUUUUCGAAUCAGGUCCAAGAAUUUCAAGAUUCCUUGAAUAUGACCUCUCAACAAAUUGAAUCUCCUGACAACGAAUCCGUAAAAACGAGCGCGAUCCGUGUGACGGAAAUAAUAGAGACCGCAAUCUCCUACUUGAAGCUCUUUCGUAUAUACACAGAUGAUGAUCUAGACAAUUUAGAUCUUUCGGUAGUUGAGGACCUUACGUCAUCUCUUAACGAGGCAGACAACGCCUUGACGAAGAUUCUCUCCGCAGCACACCUUUCAGACGACAACAAUGAAAUCCGUGAGCACCUUGAUGAAUACAUCCUUGCGGCAGAAUAUUUCAAAAACAGUGGAAAAGACAUUGAGUUGGCAAUAAAAAGUUGGGAAAGCCCAACCCUUCCUGACUCAGCUGAACGAUACAUGCUGGCAGCAGACUCUAUUCAAUCCAUCCUCGAGAGACAAAAAUUGAAUACUAGUUCCGGAGGAGUCUCUCAGCCCGAUUUGUAUUGGACGGCGCUAUGUAAAAUGAAUCAAUAUCUCAAAAAUGCUCAGGAGCUAUUGCAAAGUCUCAGCCAGAAGAAGAAAUCCGCUCGUAUAGAUCAAACUAUUGGUCUUGGAAAUAUCAUUCUGCAGAUGUGUUCGGUUUACAUAGCUCGUGCGGAUAUAGAUCUACAGCGCAGCCUCUUGAAUUAUCCGGAAGCUCAAAAGCACAAGGAUCUAUUGGGCAGAAAUGCUGUGGCAUUCUUAAAGAACGCUCUUACUUUGUCGAAGCAGACAGGUGGUAUCAGAGAGACAGCUUUGGAAAAAUUGCAAAGAGAGAAGCGGAGGCAAGAAGCCCAAAUCAGAUUGUUUAUAAUUGAAGGCAAAUCUCAGACAGAGAUAAGUUCCAGCUUGAACAGUAUUCUUGCACAACAAGAGUACGAAAUUUGUUCUGAUUGUUGGUAUUACAAGAUGAUACAACAAGGACAGGCUUGA